AUGCCCAAGAGCAUGAUGGAGUUCAACAUCAACGCCAUCUUCACCGAAGUUCGUGGUCUUGCUCAGGCUUUUGGACCCGUUCGUGCAUUCGCAUACAUCGAAACCAAGGGCUUCCGGGCUCCGCGUUUCCGUGCCGAGUACUUCUCGGUGAAGACGGCCGACGAGGCCAUCGCUAUGUCUACCGACAAUGCUGAUGGCUACCACUCCGUGAGUACUCCCUUU